AUGUACAAGCUUCUAUUCGUGGAGAUGUCCAAGCGUGGUGUGCACGAGCUAGAUGCGCUUCCGUGCGCCUUGCGCUUUCUGCUGUCUGACCCCCUGUACCGGUACAUGUUGCCCACGAACGGAAACCGAUCGAUGACUAGGUACAAACCACACACACACAACUACUUACCUACUCUACCUAGCCGGCCUCGAGCUUGCGAUGGUGACAGGGCCUCGCCAGCAUACCAAUCCCCCACUCCCCACGCUCAGAGUGGUUCAUGGGCACCACCCCCACCCCCGGCCUCGAACUCGUGGGCCCCGCAGCAACAGCAGCAGCAGCAGCAGCAACAUGUAGCUGGGGGAUAUAAUACGGGCACAUAUGGCGACGUUGGACAAGCAGCUUCGGCGCCGCAACCAUCGUAUCCACCACAGCUUGAGCCUCCGCCUCCACCUCCACCUCCGAAACCUCAAGGCUUUGCGGCUGCAGUCCACCGACAGCAACAGCAGUAUGAGCAACAACAACAACAGUAUCAGCAGCACCAACAACAACAUAUACCAGCAUUUACCCCACAAACACAACAGGGAGACUAUGCAGCGCCAGGAGCAUCGCAGCAAUAUGGCCAUGUUGCUCCUCCGCCUCCCUCAGCAACACCGGGCGGAUCCUACUUCCCACCGGCCCAAGCAGGACGCCCUGGCUCCAUGUAUAGCGCAAGUCAAAUUGGAGCACAAGCGACCCCUCCUCCGACUGGGCCUCAACAUACACAUGUACCACCUCCAAUGAAUGUGCAAAGUGCUUAUACCACACCGGGAACUCAUGCGUCUCAACCACCACUUCCAGCAUGGCAGCAUGCACAGUAUGUCCCUCAACCGGCAGGGAACACCAGUAUUGGACACACACAACCCACGGUAACCCCAGGAUUCCAAACGCCGGUCCGCCAGGACGCACUGUCGCGACAUUCACAACAAAUACUGCAGCCCCAUACAUCCUAUGGGAUACAGCCACCACAGCCAUACAACCAUCAAGCCCAGAAUCAGUACGUGCCACCGCAAGAUCAGCAUGGCCAUCAUCCAUCGGCCCAACAGGGGCCUUAUGGUCAGUCUGUUCCUCCGCAGUAUCCAGUGCAACAAGAGGUGCCUCCUCAGCCGGCAUAUGGCCAAACGCAACCAAGUGGUAUGGCGCAACAGGUCUACAAUCCAGGCCAUCAAGCUCAAUGGCAAACGCUCCCGCAACAGCAGGAAGGCCCUUCAACACUCAACGACUCGUGGCAGACAAGCCAUCAAGUGCAAGGUUCAUUUCCUGUGCAGCAACAUGAAGCGUCGAACACAACGGGUCGGUCUAACACCACAACACCACAACAUUACAACCGAUUAAGUCCACAGAGCCAACCUGUGUCUCCGAUUGGUCCAUCACAGAGCAUCAGUCCUGGCUCUGGGGUGCAUGAUAAUCGUGGGCGUUCCGAGAGUAUAUUUUCUAGCAUAUCGCCUGAUCACCGAGCACAGCAACCCAGUCAUGGCACUCCUUCUACUACACCAGUACCGUCUCGGGAAGAUAAAUCGAGGUUCAGCGCACUGGGAGCUGGUGGUCCUUCUGACUGGGAGCGCCUUGGUGGCGACGGCGAAGAGAUCGAUGACGAAGAAGCUUUCGGUAGCAAGAAGGAACAGGAAAGCACCGUCACGCGUCCACCGGAGAGCAUAGAAUUGCCUGCUCAUGUUCCUUCACCCCCAUCUACGCAUGGCUGGUCAAGCCCUGCACAGUCGAAUCCCUCACAUUCUCGUGAUCGUAAAAGCACCUAUGUGCCAUCUCCUCCAUCUGCUACCGAGCCCUCCUUGAACGUUACGAAGUUGCCAACACUAUCCACGAUACCAGGGGCCGCCAUGAGCAAUGAAUCGGGCGCCUAUCAGCAGACCCCCACUCAAGCCCCAGCUCAUUGGAAUUCGCAUGUCAACGAGCAGCACAAGGCAGAAUUGACAGCGAAAGAUGAAGCUCUUGAGCGCCUACAAUUAGAUACCGAGAAAGAGAAGGCCAACCUCGAGGCUGAGAUUGGAAAGCUCAAGGUGGAAUUGGAGACUACCAAAUCGGAUGCAGUCGACGAAGUGAGCCAGCUCCGCGCGGAAUUGAAUGCACUAAAGAUUACAUCAGAGCAAGUGGCAGCGGAGCUUGCUACGGUGAACGCGGAGAAAGACGCCACGAUAGAGCGCAUGAAGGAGGAUGCAGAAGGCAAGGAGCAUAAUAUCGAUGAAAGGGAUGCUAUCAUCGCCAACCUCAGAGGCCAGAUCGAAGCCGAGAAGCUCAAGGAGAUUCCCAAGCCUACACCUGCCGACCUGAUCCCCGAUAUAGAUCCUUGGUACAUUGGAUCGCUGGAAAGAUACAUCGCCAUGCUAAGGAACGAAGCAAACGAACCGCAGGUUGAAGAAAAGAUCAAGACGUUUCGAGCUUUCUGCAAGGCAGAGUCGGAGAUCAGAGGUAUCAAUUAUUACGAUGCUCCACCACCGGCGCCUUCAAACAUCUCACAUAUGCAGCAACAACUGGAGCAACCAGUAACAGAGGAUCUAAAUGUCAAUAUACCACGGCAGCCGCUGCAAGAAGACGAUGAUGAUUACGACUUCAGUCCUGGAGGGCGGCCCAUAUUGAAAAGUUUCCCCUGUCAAGCAGCAGCUGGGCGAGCUUCGACACAGUCUCAAACGAACGCUUCAUCGCAAUCAACCACAAUCUUGACCCCAACGAGUUCAGUCGAAGGGGACGCAAGCAAGACCCCGGUUCAGUGUGUAGCUGAGGAAGCCUCUCAGCCACAGUAUAAGGCUUAUGUGCCAGCCGCUAGCGUUGCAGAUUGUGCCCCCCUCAGGCACCGGUCCGCAUCCUCCUUCUCAAGUACCCCUGUCUUGUCAUCCUCGUCAGGUCACAGUAAAGGACCCGAUGAGAUAUUCUUCGGGGCUCACAACGAAUCGCGACCCAAGACCAACAGUCGGCCGACCAGUAGUAGCGAUAGUCCCGUUGCCAUCCCCGCCCCGCUCAAGUUUGCAUCGAGCCGGCCAGGAUCCAUAGCUGCACCUUCGAAACAAACUCCAAGCGAUGCACUGCGCCACUUGUUACCGGAACGUCUCGUGCCUGUUACUACGAGCCGUUUCAUCGAUGGAGCCCGAGCACGAUUUGAGACUGUGAAGUCGAAAGCGGUAAGUGCAGAAGAAUUGACGAAAGCUUGGGAGAAAUCGGCAUCUCUUAACCGACGAAAGAGGGAUGAUGCUCGCCGGAAGCGUCAAGAGGAGAACGAGGAACACAACGAUGAUCUCUUCAACAACGAUGAAAUCUCAUAUGCUGAGAUGAACCAGCGCGAAGAGGCUUUCAAACUAGAAGAGGCUCGAUUAAAGGCCCAGGAAGACCGUGAUGAGUACAACAGUUAUGUCGAGGUAGUCUUUGAUCCCAUCUUUGAGGCCCUUCAGGUGGAUAUCAAAACACUUGCGGAGUUGCGCGUCGAAGUAGAGAGCGUGCUCCCGACUUCAGUAUCCGGCAUACAGGGUAUGCAAAGCAAGGAUGUGCCAAGUCCAAGAGAGUGCCUUGAACUUCUGCGGGAUAUACACGAGUUGGCCGAAAGAAGACAUGCCGCUGUGUUCGAAGCAGUCAUGGAGCGUGACAAACGCUACAAGAGGACCGAGGUCCAGCCUCUGUACGCCGCAGGCCAGAUAAGCAAGAUGAAGGAAGUGGAGAAGCAUUUUGAGAAUGCGGAGAAGCAGGCAAUACUGCAGGCCAAGCGCGAGAAAGCCGAGCGCGUAGCCGAGUUUGUCAAACUCACAGAGGAGGUUGUCAUCGACGCUGUCGGUAUUGAGCAAGGCGAGAUUGACCGUAUUGUCACCAUUGUGAAAGAAUUCGAAGACGGUCAAGGCGAUGCAGGAUUGCUGGGGCGAGCGCAUGAUGCCCUCAUAUCGCUGAAGGUUUCGUCCAAGGCGCUUCUUUGCCUGUUCAACAGCCUCGAGAUAUCGCUCAACGAUUCUGUCCUUGACGCUGAGAUUGCACAAGUCCAGGCACAAGGCGGCACUGCUGGUCGCUUGCAGGAACUCGAGAAUGAGAAGAGGGCAGGUGCGGCAAAGAUGACGGCGGAGUAUGAGCGCCGUAUCGCUGUGUUGGAACAGGACAAUGAUGAGAUUGAGCAAUUGAUAUUGAAGAAGAGGGGGAAGACAAAGGUGGAUGAAGGACAGGAAAGGGGGAAGGAAGAGAGAUUAAAGGCAGCGCUUGAGGAGGCGAAGAGGAGGAAUGGCCAGGCGUGA